UCGAUCGGCCGCCGGGAACCGUCCCCUGGGGUCGUCGCCCGCGCCGCCCUCCGUUCCCCGGCCCCGAGGGGUCCGGCCGGCUGCGGCGGGGCGUGGGGCGGAGAGGCCAGCAUGAGCCGGGGGGUCCGGGAGGCCGGCGCCGGGCAGGGGGCGGUGGCCGCGGUGCAGCUGCUGGUCACCCUGAGCAUCCUGCCGAGCGUCAUCGAGGCCCAGGUUGCUGGAGUUCUGGAUGAUUGCUUGUGUGAUAUUGACAGCAUCGAUACCUUCAACACCUACAAAAUCUUCCCCAAAAUAAAAAGAUUGCAAGAGCGUGACUAUUUUCGUUAUUAUAAGGUUAAUCUGAAGCGGCCAUGUCCCUUCUGGGCAGAAGAUGGCCACUGUUCCAUAAAAGACUGUCACGUGGAGCCCUGUCCGGAGAGUAAAGUUCCAGUUGGAAUUAAAGCCGGGCAUUCUAAUAAGUACUUGAAAGUGACAAACAAUACCAAAGAAUUAGAAGAUUGUAAGCAAGCUAAUAAACUGGGAGCAGUUAACAGCACAUUAAGUAAUCAAAGCAAAGAAGCUUUCAUUGACUGGGCAAGAUAUGAUGACUCAAAGGAUCACUUUUGUGAACUUGAUGAUGAGAGAUCUCCAGCUGCUCAGUACGUAGACCUCUUGCUGAAUCCCGAGCGCUACACCGGCUACAAGGGGACCUCAGCCUGGAGAGUGUGGAACAGCAUCUAUGAAGAGAACUGUUUCAAGCCUCGGUCUGUUUAUCGACCUUUAAAUCCCCUGGCACCUGGCCGAGGCGAAGAUGAUGGAGAAUCAUUCUACACAUGGCUAGAAGGUUUGUGCCUGGAGAAAAGAGUCUUCUAUAAACUUAUAUCGGGACUUCACGCUAGUAUCAAUUUGCAUCUAUGCGCAAAUUAUCUCUUGGAAGAAACCUGGGGUAAACCCAGCUGGGGACCUAAUAUCAAAGAAUUUAAACGCCGCUUUGACCCUGUGGGAACCAAGGGAGAAGGUCCAAGAAGACUAAAGAAUCUGUACUUUUUAUACCUGCUGGAGCUUCGAGCUUUGUCAAAGGUGGCCCCAUAUUUUGAGCGCUCAAUCGUUGAUCUUUACACAGGAAACGCAGAGGAAGAUGCUGACACAAAAACCCUGCUACUGAGUAUCUUUCAAGAUACAAAGUCCUUUCCCAUGCACUUUGAUGAGAAAUCCAUGUUUGCAGGUGACAAGAAGGGGGCCAAAUCAUUGAAGGAGGAAUUCCGGUUACAUUUCAAGAAUAUCUCCCGCAUAAUGGACUGUGUUGGAUGUGACAAAUGCAGAUUGUGGGGGAAAUUACAGACUCAGGGUUUAGGAACUGCCCUGAAGAUAUUAUUCUCUGAAAAAGAAAUCCAAAAGCUUCCAGAGAACAGUCCAUCUAAAGGCUUCCAGCUCACUCGACAGGAAAUAGUGGCUCUUUUAAAUGCGUUUGGGAGGCUCUCUACAAGUAUCAGAGAGUUACAGAAUUUUAAAGUCUUAUUACAACACAGUAGGUAAUAAAGGCUUUUGUAUGUCUAAUUAGAGACAAAAAAGUGACUUGUGAAGCCUUUUAAUCUUGGACAUUUCAGCAGAAAGAGACUGAUCUUCUAAGACUUCGAGAAUUUUGAACUCUUAAAGAGAAAAUUCAAAUGCUCACUUGAAUAUUUAUGGACCUUAAAUGAUAUUUAUAAAUGAAGUAUAUACUUCUAAAACAUGUAAACCAUACUACUUCUGGGUCUCACUUCAUGUGUUUCCAUCUGUUGAGUUUUCUGCUGUUCUAUUUUACAAUUGGUUUUGUUCUUAUGCUCCUAUAUUUUAUUCCCAUUUGUCAACCUUUAAAUGACAAUGGAUGUCUCCGUCCUGAUGUAACACUGUUCACAGUCUGUUGUGGAAAAGAACUAGAGAACACAUGUCGCUUAGGGCUGGUAUCAGUGACAUUCUUUAUCAGUGAUUUUUCAGUGUAUUUUUGGCCUUGCCUAGUUCUGCGGUGUAUGUCACCUUCCAUAGCAUGGAACUGUCGACAUCACGAAGGGCCCUUUCUUUCAGCAAAUAGCUACAGAAAUUCCUUAAGGUUCCCCAGGACUUCAAGUUCAUUGGUUUUUAUUUAAGACUUUUAGUUGCUGUUGUUGCUGUUUGGGUUUGGGUCUAAAGCACCUGCUUUGGUGGAGGUGAGCAAGCACGCUCGCCUGGGCUGCCCGGCCAGAUUUCAUGUGCACGGUGCAGGCUCAAGAGGACUCUCUUACUUAGAACUCCAGAUCCCUUCUUCUGGUUUCGCCUUUCUUUGUGCCUACCCUAAUUUUAGAAAUUUUCAGUUACUUUAAGGAAAAAAAGUUGCAUAAAUAUUUUACUUCACAGAUUACCUCUUGAUAAAAUUUGAGUGGGAUUAUAUGAAUUGAUAAUGCCAACUAAAGGUAUUAUAUACACAAGAUUUGCUGUUUUAAAGUAAGCAUUUUUAAAGAAUUUAAUUUUAGAAGACGAUCUAUGCAACCCUUCAACUCCCAGUGUGAUUUCUUUGGUUGGAUCUCUAAGCAGGUAGAUUAGAUCAAGCCUUUAAGCUCAUUACAUCUCCCCCUUUGCAUUUUAGUUUAUUGUACAUAUGGUAUUUUGUGUGACUCGUACCAAGUAAUGACUCAUACAUCCUUAUCUGUCAUGUUCUAAACUUGGGACUUAAAAUCUUUAAACAAUAUUUAAAAUCUGGAUUCUUUUAAAGGUGUCAGUUGAUACAAUAUGAUGCAUUUGGAAGCUCGUAUCUGUGUAGAAAUAAUGCAGGUACAAAAUCUAGAGUUUCUCCUAGACUCUUGAGUCUUUUCCGAAGGAAAUAAGUGCUCUUAAACCCAUGUCUUAUCCUACCAAAGUCUGAAAUAUGCGCAGUGAGUUUAAAUUGUAUUUAGUUGGCUCACCUCUCUUUUAAAAAUACUUAGCCAUCCCUUGAAGGGCUGUGGUAGGAGUAAGGCCUCACUAGAGUUAUUUUCUCACCUACUUUCUAGCCUUUAUUAACUGGGGGUUUUGUGGUCGGUGGUAGUUUUGUUAAGUUGAAUAAAAAAGGUGGGCUUGAUCGGAGCCUCUUCCUUUUUUUCUUUUCUUUUUUUAGGGUUUGCAAGUAUUGUAUGGCCAGGGAGGGGGUCUUAAGACAAACUGCCUAGAAAGGGAAUAUCUACGUAACCUUGCUAAUAAACUAAUAAGAUUAUUCUUAACACAGUGUUCAUGUAGAGUUUGAGAAAAUGUGAAAAUUUUGCACUUUGUUAUUACUGUAAAUUUGAGGAUCUUUUUGGUAGCGUUCCUUCCCCGUUCCUUAAAGAUAAAGGCUGUUACUUAAACUCUGUUUACUAGAGAAAAUCCUUGGCCGUUUCCAUUUAUUGCUUUUUUCUUCACUGUGAUUUGUUACAAGCUUAGGAAAAAUGUAUAUUAGAGUGUGUUCUAGGAAACUAAAAGGUCUAGUUAGGGUAAAAAGUUAUUUUCAAAGUUUUAACAAGUUUUUUUCACUACUAAGGAAAUAAAGGAAAUAUUCUUAAGCCGAAAUUCAUUUGAUUAAUUCUGUUUUACCAUCAUUAGAUUGUGGGGGGCAGCCUACAUUUUUAUGUGUGAGUGUAUUUCUUAAAUGGUUGUGUAAACUUUGUUUUGUGAGCCUCGUGAUAUUUUAUGUCCUUGUGAUAUAAACCGUUUUUCCAGUUCACGUACCUUUUGCUGUGGAGUGAUGCUAUUGUAGUGUUUGCAUCAUGAAAAUGCUUGGCUAGUGAGUACCUAUUGGCAUUUUGUCUUUAUCGCGUCAUCUAUUCUAAAAAUCCAGCACUUGAUAAUAUAAUUUGACAGACAUGAUUGUACCAGCUGAUGAAGCAAAUGAAGAAAAGGAAAAUACUCCUUCCUUCAGUGCGUGAGUUGCUUUUUUUCUUAAGUGGCAUCUCUGUAAGUUAGACCAAGUAUAUA